UUUCUCCUUUAUUAAGUUUUGAGUAUCUUUACACUUAACAUAAUUAUCUCCGAUAGUAAUCUAUACUUCGUCAUUCACUUUAUUAAAUCCACCUACAAAUAUAGUACCGACGUUGUAAAUAACAUUUGGCACAAGUAGUAAGAACUUUGCAAUGGAUCAGUUAACGAGAUUUCUCGUGUACAACAAGAUACCUAUAUCCAAGUAUAGUAUGAACUAUGAAGCUAUGAGAACAGAGAAAAAGCAACAGAAGGAGAAAGGAGGAGAAGUUGAUAAGAGGCUACUGCUGUUAUCACCAGAUCUUGGAAGAAUGUCUGACGAACGUGUGCUGUACGCAAGAAAUCGACAACCAGGGGCGAGACCUGCGGUGGUCGGGGGAACUCCUAUAACAGAAGAAUUAGCGAUCAAACUUCGUGUAACCGCCUUUGGAACAGCUUCAUGUCCUCCGCGAGGUGAAUGGAUCCAUACUCCACUUGUCAUGAGACCUUCUGAUCAGCCUCUAGGAUAUGGACUGGCAGCUCAACGGAAUGGCACCAGAUCUCUUCUAUCUGCUCUUCAAGCUCAUAUCAUCAAGUGGUUGCUGUUCGAUUCGAGGCCUAUGACGAAGGAUAAUAAGUCUGUGGAACCACCAGAUAGUUACUUACGCCCCUCCGAAGAUCGCCAAGAAGAAGCCUUAUGGCGUGCUUGCAGCGAAGUGAUAUGGCGUUGCGGCGACGGGUCCUCUUCCCAAACAGAAGCGAAGGUCACUGUUGCACUGCCAACCCCCACAAUCUACGUGCAACAUAACCCUCAGUACUACCAGGAUGGGAUUACUGAAAUGCUGCAUUUCUUUGAAUUCAAAUCUUUGGAGGAUCUGCAGAUAUUUUUGAAACGGUAUUUGUACUUGUUCCAGACGGAAGACGGCUCGGGCUCGUUGCUGCUUUUGUACGCUUGUAUCCUGUCUCGAGGCUGCGACAAUGUGAUAAAAGAUCUGGACGGGAAACUCACGUACCUCGUCUCGACACAAGUGGAAGGGUCUCUCAAUGUGACCACUCUGCUCCUGACAGGACGGGCGACACCGUAUCUGCACAACGGGGUGCAGUAUGUCGGGGAUGAAGACCAUUAUGCUAUGCCACAAUUCGGCGUCCUGUCCCGAAGCUCUGUCGGUCUUCUGGUGUGGUACGGCACUGGUGAUGGCAUCUCCAAGAACAUCUCCAAGCAGAAUCCAGGGUCCCGCCUGAAGACACCAGCUCUACCUAUUUGGGUGACAUGCUGUUCAGGACACUACGGCGUCCUAUUCAAUACAAAUCGUGAACUUUUGCGAAAUUAUCACGCUGAAAGAAGGUUCGAUAUCCACUACUACACGUGCGGCGGAUGUCACGUUCUCCUCAACGUGGACACACGAGCUCACGAAGACCUGGUGCCGAUGAGAAAUGACGACAUCACUGCCACUCCACUGGAGAAACUUAUCCACACAAAGUGGCAGGAAGCCAAGAUAACCUGGUCUGGCGCGGUGCCCUUUGCGGGCGACUCGCCGAACUAACGGCUCGGGGUCUAAUUGCUUUAGUUAUGGCUGGGUUUAGAUAGAUCUCCAACUGUAUUGCUUAGAAUUACUAGAAGUUAAGUACCUACCUUCACUGUAAUAUGUUAGGGUCUCCGCACACGGCAACACUUUCAAGUGCAGUUGAAACGCGUCAGCGGAAUUUACAUCACGAAAUUAGUGUCAUUUGCAAUACUUGCAUUGUGAAAUUAGACGUUUACCUACCACCUAACGACGUAAUGUAAAUAAUGCUUAAAUAAAACAAGCUGCUAGCGCGCCAGUCUGUUUAAGCGCGGGUUUCCAUUAAAGCAAAAAGGAGCAGAGAAGAGACGAGAUGUUUUGUAAAUUGCCAAUCAGAUGUAUAGUUAUUUCCAUAUCUCCUCACUGCUUAGCUUUGGUAGAAACUGGGUUUGACAUAAUAUUGUGAUAACGGAGAUUUGUGACCGGUCGACUUCGCAAAACACGCGUUGAUAGUGCGUGAAAAUAUUGCUGCUUUGCUUUUAGUAUGAAUAAACUUAAACCGCUGGUUCUAGAAACUUGAAAUUUAGCAUGUGUAGUUCGCGACAGGUCGACUUGACAAUCGACAAGACGCCCCACACACUCGCACAGUCCUUGCACUAACCCAGUGCCGAAUAGCGCAGGUGACGUGCCGGUGUGCGGGGCGUCCCCCCGCCUCAUACCCCGAUUGUCAUGUCUACCUGUCGCGAACUAUAAGUAUUCUUUCUAAUAUAAACGCCCAUACAAUGUACGUGAUUAA